CAGUGAAUGGAGAGAGCGAGCGCAGGCCAGCUCUCCCGGCCACCCCGUGCCCCUGCCGCGGCCGUGCUCCGGAGCCCAGCCCCGAGCCGGACUUCACCGGGCACCGUGCUCCUAGGCGCUCAGUCCAGGACCCAGACCGAGCCCGCACCUCUGCCGGCGACCCGGAGAGACCCGAGGGCGCUAGGUACCUGGGCGCCGUGAGUGAUGCGCAGCGGGGCAGCGCCAGCCCCACGGAUGGAGCUGCUGCCGCCGCCGCCCGGCGCGCCCUGUUCCGCCCGCGCCCCGUGCGCCUGAGCGCCGCGCCCGCCCCUCCUCCGCGCCAACUCCGCCGCCCGCCCCCCAGGCCGCCCGCGCGCCUCCUCGGGCUUCUCGAGUCCCGCCGCUCCAGGCAGCCUCCUCUGGGCGCGGGCGCUUGUACACCAUGGCCCCCGGGCGGACCUGGGCCGGCGCCGCCGUGCGCGCCCGCCUGGCGCUGGCCUUGGCGCUGGCGAGCGUCCUGAGCGGACCCCCCGCUGCCGCCUGCCCCACCAAGUGUACCUGCUCCGCCGCUAGCGUGGACUGCCACGGGCUGGGCCUGCGCGCCGUUCCCCGGGGCAUUCCCCGCAACGCAGAGCGCCUUGACCUGGACAGAAAUAACAUCACCAGGAUCACCAAAACGGACUUCGCUGGACUGAAGAAUCUCCGAGUCUUGCAUCUGGAAGACAAUCAGGUCAGCAUCAUCGAGAGAGGCGCCUUCCAGGAUCUGAAGCAGCUGGAGCGAUUACGUCUGAACAAGAACAAGCUCCAGGUCCUUCCAGAAUUACUUUUCCAGAGCACACCGAAGCUCGCCAGACUAGAUCUGAGCGAAAACCAGAUCCAGGGCAUCCCGAGGAAGGCUUUCCGAGGCAUCGCAGACGUUAAGAACCUGCAACUGGACAAUAACCACAUCAGCUGCAUUGAAGAUGGAGCCUUCCGAGCGCUGCGCGAUUUGGAGAUCCUCACCCUCAACAAUAACAACAUCAGCCGCAUCCUGGUCACCAGCUUCAACCACAUGCCAAAGAUCCGGACUCUGCGUCUCCACUCUAACCACCUGUACUGUGAUUGUCAUUUGGCCUGGCUCUCAGAUUGGCUGCGACAGCGGCGGACGAUUGGCCAGUUCACCCUCUGCAUGGCACCCGUGCAUUUGAGGGGCUUCAACGUAGCAGAUGUGCAGAAGAAGGAGUAUGUGUGUCCAGGUCCCCACUCAGAGGCUCCGGCCUGUAAUGCCAACUCCCUCUCCUGCCCUUCCACUUGCACAUGCAGUAAUAACAUCGUGGACUGCCGAGGGAAGGGAUUGACGGAGAUCCCUGCCAACCUGCCAGAGGGCAUCGUGGAAAUACGACUGGAACAGAACUCCAUCAAAUCCAUUCCUGCAGGAGCCUUCACCCAGUACAAGAAACUGAAGCGAAUAGACAUCAGCAAGAAUCAGAUAUCGGACAUAGCUCCAGAUGCCUUCCAGGGCCUGAAAUCACUCACGUCGCUGGUGCUCUAUGGGAACAAGAUCACAGAGAUUCCCAAGGGACUGUUUGAUGGCCUUGUAUCCCUGCAGCUGCUCCUCCUCAAUGCCAACAAGAUCGACUGCCUGAGGGUGAACACCUUCCAGGACCUGCAGAACCUCAACCUGCUCUCUCUGUAUGACAACAAGUUGCAGACGAUCAGCAAGGGGCUCUUCGUUCCUCUACAGUCCAUCCAGACCCUCCACUUAGCUCAAAACCCAUUUGUUUGCGACUGCCACUUGAAGUGGCUGGCUGACUAUCUCCAGGACAACCCCAUCGAGACAAGCGGGGCCCGCUGCAGCAGCCCACGCCGGCUGGCCAACAAGCGCAUCAGCCAGAUCAAAAGCAAGAAGUUCCGCUGCUCAGGCUCUGAGGAUUAUCGCAACAGAUUCAGCAGUGAGUGUUUCAUGGACCUGGUGUGCCCUGAGAAGUGCCGCUGUGAGGGCACCAUCGUCGACUGCUCCAACCAGAAGCUGGCCCGAAUCCCAAGCCACCUCCCCGAAUACACCACUGACCUGCGACUGAAUGACAAUGACAUCUCUGUCCUGGAGGCCACUGGGAUCUUCAAGAAGUUGCCGAACCUGCGGAAAAUAAACCUGAGCAACAAUAGGAUCAAGGAGGUGCGAGAGGGCGCCUUCGAUGGAGCCACAGGCGUGCAGGAGCUGAUGCUGACUGGGAACCAGCUGGAGGCCAUGCAUGGGCGCAUGUUCCGAGGCCUCAGUGGCCUCAAGACACUGAUGCUGAGGAGCAACCUGAUCAGCUGCGUAAACAAUGACACCUUUGCUGGCCUAAGCUCCGUGAGGCUGCUGUCACUCUAUGACAAUCGGAUCACCACCAUCACCCCUGGAGCCUUCACCACACUCGUCUCUCUGUCCACCAUAAACCUCCUGUCCAACCCUUUCAACUGCAACUGCCACAUGGCCUGGCUCGGCCGGUGGCUGAGGAAGCGGCGCAUCGUCAGCGGGAACCCCAGAUGCCAGAAGCCCUUUUUCCUCAAGGAGAUUCCUAUCCAAGACGUGGCCAUCCAGGACUUUACCUGCGAUGGCAAUGAGGAGAGCAGCUGCCAGCUGAGUCCACGCUGUCCCGAGCAAUGCACCUGUGUGGAGACGGUGGUGCGAUGCAGCAACAGGGGUCUCCGCGCCCUCCCCAAAGGCAUGCCGAAGGAUGUGACUGAACUGUACCUGGAAGGAAACCAUUUAACAGCGGUGCCCAAAGAGUUGUCCGCCCUCCGACAGCUGACACUUAUUGACCUGAGCAACAACAGCAUCGGCGUGCUGACCAAUUACACCUUCAGCAACAUGUCUCACCUCUCCACGCUGAUCCUGAGCUACAACCGGCUGAGAUGCAUCCCUGUCCAUGCCUUCAACGGCCUCCGGUCACUCCGAGUGCUAACCCUCCACGGCAAUGACAUUUCCAGUGUUCCCGAAGGCUCCUUCAACGAUCUGACCUCCCUUUCCCACCUGGCCCUGGGAACCAACCCUCUCCACUGCGACUGCAGUCUGCGUUGGUUAUCAGAGUGGGUAAAGGCUGGGUACAAGGAGCCUGGCAUUGCCAGAUGCAGUAGCCCCGAGUCCAUGGCAGACAGACUCCUGCUCACCACUCCCACCCACAGGUUCCAGUGCAAAGGGCCAGUGGACAUUAACAUCGUGGCCAAGUGCAACGCCUGCCUCUCUAGCCCGUGCAAGAACAAUGGCACAUGCAGUCAGGACCCCGUGGAACAGUACCGCUGUACCUGCCCCUACAGCUACAAGGGCAAGGACUGCACGGUGCCCAUCAACACUUGCGUCCAGAACCCCUGCCAGCAUGGAGGUACCUGCCACCUGAGUGAGAACCACAAAGACGGAUACAGCUGCUCCUGCCCCCUGGGCUUCGAGGGACAACGGUGUGAGAUCAACCCGGAUGACUGUGAGGACAACGACUGUGAGAACAAUGCCACCUGCGUGGACGGGGUCAACAACUACGCGUGCGUGUGCCCGCCCAACUACACAGGAGAACUGUGUGAUGAAGUGAUUGACUACUGUGUACCUGAGAUGAACCUCUGUCAACAUGAGGCCAAGUGUAUCUCCCUGGACAAAGGAUUCAGGUGUGAGUGUGUGCCUGGCUACAGUGGCAAGCUGUGUGAGACAGACGACGAUGACUGUGCAGCUCACAAGUGCCGCCACGGAGCUCAGUGUGUGGACGAAGUCAAUGGCUACACAUGCAUCUGCCCCCAGGGCUUCAGUGGGCUCUUCUGUGAGCACCCUCCACCCAUGGUUCUGCUGCAGACCAGCCCCUGCGACCAGUACGAGUGCCAGAACGGGGCACAGUGCAUUGUGGUGCAGCAGGAGCCCACUUGCCGCUGCCCCCCAGGCUUUGCCGGGCCCAGGUGUGAGAAGCUCAUCACUGUGAACUUUGUGGGCAAGGACUCCUACGUGGAACUGGCCUCCGCCAAGGUCCGGCCCCAGGCCAACAUCUCACUGCACGUGGCCACUGACAAGGACAACGGCAUCCUUCUUUACAAGGGGGACAACGACCCCUUGGCACUGGAGCUGUACCAGGGCCACGUGAGACUCGUGUAUGACAGCCUGAGCUCCCCGCCAACCACAGUGUACAGCGUGGAGACGGUGAAUGAUGGUCAGUUUCACAGUGUGGAGCUGGUGAUGCUGAACCAGACCCUGAACCUGGUGGUAGACAAAGGAGCCCCCAAGAGCCUGGGGAAGCUCCAGAAGCAGCCAGCAGUGGGCAUCAACAGCCCUCUCUAUCUUGGAGGGAUCCCCACCUCCACUGGCCUCUCAGCCUUACGCCAGGGCGCAGACAGGCCGCUGGGCGGCUUCCACGGCUGUAUCCACGAAGUGCGCAUCAACAACGAGUUGCAGGAUUUCAAGGCCCUCCCGCCUCAGUCCCUGGGGGUCUCUCCCGGCUGCAAGUCCUGCACUGUGUGUCGGCACGGCCUGUGUCGCUCCGUGGAGAAGGACAGCGUGGUGUGCGAGUGCCACCCAGGAUGGACCGGUCCUCUGUGUGAUCAGGAAGCUCGGGACCCCUGCCUUGGUCACAGCUGCAGCCAUGGGAAAUGCGUGGCCAGUGGCAACUCAUACGUUUGCAAGUGUGCCGAGGGCUAUGGAGGAGCCUUGUGUGACCAUAAGAAUGACUCUGCCAACGCCUGCUCAGCCUUCAAGUGCCACCAUGGGCAGUGCCGCAUCUCAGAUCAAGGGGAGCCCUAUUGCCUGUGCCAGCCUGGCUUCAGUGGCAAUCACUGCGAGCAAGAGAAUCCAUGUAUGGGGGAGAUAGUCCGAGAAGCCAUCCGCCGCCAGAAAGAUUAUGCCUCCUGUGCCACAGCCUCCAAGGUGCCCAUCAUGGAAUGCCGCGGGGGCUGCGGAAGUCAGUGCUGCCAGCCGAUUCGCAGCAAGCGGCGGAAAUAUGUCUUCCAGUGCACUGAUGGCUCCUCCUUCGUGGAAGAGGUGGAGAGACACUUGGAAUGUGGCUGCCGUGCGUGUUCCUGAGCCCCUCUGCCAUCUACCCACCCACCGCCUCUCAGACUCCAGCUCACUGGGCGGGGGACAGCCCAAGCAGAACCUCUUUUGAGAUUCAGAAUGAAGGAGAGAAAGCUGGAGAGGAAGAGGCAAAAGAGAGAAUAUUAAGUAUAUUGUAAAAUAAACAAAAAAAAUAGAACUUAUUUUUAUUAUGGAAAGUGACUAUUUUCAUCUUUUAUUAUAUAAAUAUAUCACACCGUCUGAGUAUAUGUACUAUAUAGUGCGUUAUUUUUACCAAGUUUUGUUUGUGUUGUGUACUUGUUGUGUUUUUAUAAACAGCUGUUUAAAUUUCUAAGACAAAAAAAAGACUAAUAAAAAUGUUUUAAACAAAAGGAGAAGAAUAGAGAAACGAAAGCCUGUCUGAGGCAGGAAGAGGGAAUUUUAUGUGUAUGUAGCUCUCUUCAGUCAGCACAAACGAGAGCUAUUUCUUGAGCUGGCUUGGAAACAAGGAAGAGAGAAGUGGAAGUACUUACGUUGUUGUUUCUCCAUGGCCUUCACUCCUCUUUUACUCCCUUCCUGGUAGGCAGCAAGCUUCCUCUCUCCUGGCUUUCUAGGCCCAAUGUGUCCCCUUGCUUCCUAAAGGCACUUCUGGGCCCUGCAAGCCUCGUUGUACUUCAGAGGCAUUGCUGUCCUUGCCUAUCAUCUGACCCAGGCUUCUGCAGGGUAUGAGCCCACUGGGAGGCAGAGGCAGCGGCCCCUAGUCUCCUUGAGGGAGUUGAAGCAAACUUUACUGAGUGAGCUGGGUCCGUUCUGCCUCUCCCCACGAAGCCUGUCCUCCGUGAUGAGAUGAAGAAAGAGGGAACUGGGAAGUCUCCCCAGGUCCCAGACACCCAGCCCUGCCUUACAAGUCCUCUUUCCAGCCAGUUUCAAUACCAGAGAGCAGGCAGCAGGACUGCCGGAGAGCAAGACAGGGAGCCUCAUCUCCAUGGAAGCCCAACAGGCUGCCUCUGGCCUCUGGUCCUCUAGAACACCACCAUCUCAGUGGCAAAGACCCACUGCUGAGGAGCAAUACCAUCCAGCACGUGUCUGAAAUCUAACUUUAUCUAACCCCUACUCUCUGGUGCACUGAAACCCAUUUCUCAACUAAAGACACUCAGGCCCCUUUGCUUGCCUUACUCCUCCCUCUGAUGAGUGGAGACCCAGGCCUGGAGUGCAGAGUCAGACUGGAGAUUCCCCUCCAGAACAAGCAGACACAGGAGACAGGCAGGAAAAGAGCCCAUCAGCAAAAAAGAAAGCAGAUGUGUUGCCAGCUGCCUUUCCUCCUUGCUCUGUUUUCUUCCAUCUUCCUUUCUGUCUCAUUCAUGUCUAGAAAAUUUCUAGAGUCAGGGACUCGGCCAUCUAGGAAGCAUUGUUGUCUGGCUUCAGAUGCUGCCUCCUGAAGGCCUUUUCUGACCUCCCACGUCCCUCCCCCAACCCUCACUUGCCCCCCCCCUUCACAGCCCUCAUCCCGUAGCAGGAGUGGCCAGCAUCUCAGCUGGUCGAAUCCACCCUCGGCUGGGCUCUGCUCAUCCAUCCUCCUUUCUCCCCAGCCUCCACUGGUAGUCUCAGGAGGGAAAGGGUGGGACUUUCUGCUCUGAGGGAAGGACCAAUAGUAGGCCGAAGACUCAAAGGGGAGAGAAGGGAGAGAGAAGAAGGUAGAGGAACACAAGGCAGGAAGAAGGCAUGGAGGGAGGGUAGAAAGGAUGUAAUAGAGAGACUUCUGAGCAAGCAUAUGAAUGUGCAUCGUGUUGGGGGGGAUUGUACCUUAUGACAGUUUGUUGAAAAUGUCCAUAAUUAGAUUGAUGGGGUGCUCGCUACAAUAUACUCAGAUGUCACUCCAAUUGCGACCCACAUAUUUAUAUAUUUAUAUGCACACAUUCAUUUAAUUCUCAAAACAGCUCUAUGUAAGACUGUAACUAACCCACUUUACAGUUGAGUAAGCUGAGAUAGAGAAAGUAAGGACCUUGCCUAAGAGCAGAUGGCUGAUAAGUUAUAGGAGCAAAGGUUUGAGCCCAGACUGUCAGAAUCCAGAAUUUGCUCACUUAACCACUAUCCCACACUACUUCUUGUAGGAAAGAAACACUGUGCCUUUAAGGAUCCUACAGUCUGGAGCAGGGACAGUCGUUAAAUGGACAGUCGUUUGGUCGUAUUACACUGAUCUUGGCCAAAAGGCCAAAAAAGCGAGAAUUGCUUGAGAUAAAUAAAUAUAUAGAGACAUGCAUUUCUUAAUGAUAGUAUAAUGAGGGAGAGGGGAUUUCCAACCCUGAGUCUAUCGGUAAAGUAAGGAGUUGAACAGCUCAGGAAAUGGCCCAGUAAAAAAAAACAAAAACAAAACAAACAAACAAAAAAACGUAAAAUGGGGAAAAUCCCAGAAUGUUUGGUGAACAGCCAGAGACCUGUGGUGGCAGCAGCGUAGGAUGACGUCUGUAGAUCCGAAAGAAAUGGGGAAUGUGAAGUCAGGAUCUCUAGCCUCUACCCCCCCCAAAAAAAAAAAGCCACAUAGAUAGACUACAGAGAGCCAGGGAUAAUCAGGGCAGUAGCAAGGAAGUCUAGGCCAGAGCAGGGGAGAUAGAGGCACGCCUGGAUGAGGAAGCGGGCUUUAUCACUCAAAGGGACCUCGGGGCUACUAGUGGUUCACUUUGUGGCUAGCACCAACUAAUGCCAGAGUCUCUGUGAUAACUCAGGGACUCAGUCAUAGAAGGGGUGUCCUGGUAUGUGCCCAGUGUCCCCUCCUGUCCCUCCAGUCCACCCAUCCUCAAUAAGGGGCCUGGUCCUUAUGGCAUUACCAAGCCCUGCAACUUUGGGAGGGGUUACUGGGCUAUGAGCUUUCUCUUCACAGCCAUAAGGACCCUGAGGCUUCCCUCUUCCCUCUUCCCUUCACCCCCUAUGCUCAUCUCUGAACCCAUGUGAAGUCAGCCAAGGACAGAAAGGCCGAGUUCUGUUUUCAAGUAUGGCUUCAGAGCCUUCUCAACUCUGAGUGGCCUGACUUUACAAAAUGCCAAACACAAAGACCAUCAAGAAAAUCGGCCCCAAAAUGAAAUUUCUCUAAAAAGGAAAUUUAGAGACUUUUGCCUUGAAAUGUACCAGAUUCUAGGACCAGAAAAAAAAUAAUAAUAAUCCAAAUGCAGGAAAUUUGCCCUCUGAAACGUAUGACUUAAUAUUUGUGGGGAUGUGGACAUGUAGAAGGCUCCAUCUCCUCCAUUACUCCCCGAGCAGGGUCAGGAGACAGAGAGAGGACCCCCUUUGGGCUCACAAAAGGGGGGCCUCCAAGUGGUUUAUGAAAUGCAAUACCUGAAAUCUAUGUAAAGUAAAGCCCUGUAAGAUGUAAGAUGUUGAGAAUGCUGUUGUCACUGAUGUUACUGGCAUGCCAAAUAGCCGUUUUUAGAAGAAAACUUUGCCUUUUCCAUCUCAUUGCAAGGAGUCUGAUAUUUCAAAAAGUGAAGUGGGGGAGGGGGAAGACUUCCCAGGAUCAGCAAAAGAGAAGAGAAAGGCUCCCAGGAGAACCUCAAAAACCCAGGAAUGACUGGACUGGGGCUGAGCCAGCCUUGCCUUUUCCAGAGACAAAGAUAUCCCCAGACAAGCCCCUAGCCACUGCUUCAAAGAUCCACAGGAUCCCAGGGAGCAGAGGUGAAGGGACCCUUGAGUAAACUGCAGGUCAUAAAAAAGGGUCAGGGAAGUGAAAUGAUAUCUCCCACAACUCAAAGUUUCACAGCUGAGUCACACCUAAAGGCGACGAGGCUCCAAGGGUCUGCCCAGGCAGUUCCUCUUGCACCACAGGGUACACUGUGACAAAGCUGAUCAGAGAUGGAAGCCAGUGGGACCCGUCAAGGCAGAACUGGCAUUUGGCAAAGCUUAUUUCUCUAACUCAAUAGAUUCUAAUAAGAAAGAAAAAUGUUUUUUUUUUCAUUAACAGUGUUACAGUGCCACUUCCUCAUUAUGAAGUAAAUAAUGUGCAUUUCUUGCUUCAACAUUCUGCCUUCUUCUAAUGUCACUUAAAUAAAUAGAUGUGUCACAGGGGAGCCCACGGUGCUCUUGUGAAUGCAUAAUUCAGCCUUU